UGGCUGGUGGACUAAUUUCUACUCUGUCGUUUGACUGACUCUAUCCUCUCCUCAUGGCUGGUUCCGUGGGAGAUUGGUGAUUCUCUUGCGAUUCUUCUUCUUGUCUAUUUGUUCACUCUUGCUCGUACUUUUGUUCAUCUAAUAUCAGAGUUUCCUCCUAACGGAGGCUCGUUAGCUUAAUGGUCGAUACCCAAUUCACAUUUCCCUCCACCGUCGUCCGGCGAGAGAACAGGCAGGAUGGUCGGACGGCGGAGUUUGGUCACUGGAAGAGAUAUUGCACAUUCUACGGACUGGUACUGACGACAACGCUUUCCUCUGUCUUGCUCGCUGCAGACCUCUUCAAGUGGCGCGUCACGGGCUACUUCUUCAUCCUCGCCAACAAGUAUCCAGCUUCGGUGGCUCUGACCGUCCAACUCCUCGCAGCGUUCUUUGGGCUGAUACACGUUGCGGUAAUCAGCAGACUGAUCAACUAUGCCCUGCGUCUUCGACUCAACAAGACCACAGUGACGCUGGACGCACUCCGUACCUGGGUGGAUAUGAGUCUAGCACGCGUGGACUGGGACCUCCCACUGCGAUUCUUCUUCCCCGUCAUGCUCGUCGUCUUUCUCUCCCUCGUUCCCGCCGCGCUAUGGGCCGGCUCCAUAACGCCCCUGAUCAGUCGAACGACUACGACGGGGACACUGCUUCUCCCGAGCUACGAAGAUGUCUCAUUGAUCCGCGAGUAUCCCAUGGAGAUUGGAAAAUCGGGCCCCUCGCUGCGGAACAAUAAGGGCUUCUUCACCUACUCCGUCGGUAUAGGACACCUCGGCAGCCUACUCUCUUCAGCAGCAUCGGCGUCCUCGCUCAAUUCUGUGCAUCCCAAGCUCGACAACACGCAGUUCAGCUAUCGCGGGCGCUCAUACGGGGUUGGAGCCCCCGCAGGACUAACCGAUUCACGCAUCAGUUCGAACAGACAGGUCGCGGGCUACAUCUACCAGGAGGAGGGUUACCUGACGAACAUUUCCUGCAUCUACAACGCGACCACUGACUUCACGCUCAAGGGGCCCAUGGGCGACUGGAUCUACGAGGCGUCAGGCCGAAUCCCAGACACGGUCGAGAAUCCGGAAAUGUCGAAUUACAUAGGGCACGACGGAAAGGCCAUCGUAGCGAUCGGCGUGUCCUACAGCGAGCGCUCACCCCGACGCUACCUAUCCAUCACAGCCGGCGAAUCGUACGCCUUCCUCAACAGCACGCAAUGCGAAUUCACCUUCACGCCGACCCUCUUCAACGUCACUGUCGACAUCUCCAACCUGAACAUCACCGUCCGACCCAUCGCCGACUCCACAAUUCCCGACUUCAACCCCUCGCGAAACCUCACCCGCACCGUCGUCCGGCAAUUCGAGCUCAUGUCCAACGACCUGACGAACCUGUACGUCUCGCUCCUCGGCGAGGCCUUCAACUCCAGCAUAGCCGCCUACAACAUGACGCACCUUUCCACGCCGCGGAACCCGAUCCCCGAGUCCGUCGCCACGCUCGAGGGCCUCACAAACUCCCUCGUCGCCAUGACCGACGACAUGCUCGCCGCCUACGCAUCCGCCCAGCUCAUCGUCGGCAAGAUCUUCACCCCAGCCACCUCCACUGUCCACUUGUACGCCCUGCAGUUCGGCCAGCCGGGUUACGUCUACAGCAUCUUCGUGCUGAAUCUCGUGGUCCUGGCCGCGGUGGUCGCGGAGUGGACGCGCACGAGGGGCUGGAGGGAGCUAGGGAGGUGGAAUUAUCUCGAUCCGAGGGACUUGAUCGUGGCGGCUAGUAGAGGUGGGAAGGGGUUGAGCGGCGCGGCGGAUAGGUUGGGUAUGGCCGGGAGUAUCAAUGCGACUGCUGGUGGUGGUGAUGUGGAGAACGCAGGGGUGGAUGGUAUCAAGGCGAAGAGGAGGCUGAGGAAGUUUUCGCUGCUGAGCGAUUACGAUGAGGGGAAUGGGCAGCUGCCUGUCUGUCUGAGGGGCGAUGCCGAUGGUCAUGUUUCCAUCGUCCUGGCGGGCGAGUAUGCGGAAGAUAGGGGGAGGAGAAGUGCUUCAUCACCUGGCAGUGACGAAGGAGGGAAUGGCAAUCGCCCCCGGAGGUUAGAUGUAAGCGAUGCCGCUUCCUUCUACACCAUCGAUGAGAAGAGCGCGAAGUUGGAUGGUGAGUUUCCGAGGGAAGGGCCGCCGAGGGAUUGGUUGAUGAAGACGAAGAAGACCAAUAAUAAAGGACUGUUCGGCUGGCUCUGGUAGUUAUUAAUGAUGGCGAGGGAUGUGAGCGAAGGC